GAAAAAUGAGCAUAGCCUCUUCUCAUCUGGUUUAAAAGUGAAUCCAUUUAACGCAAAGCUGGAUAACAACAUGGGAAAGGUUCUGGAAGCCCAACAAUUCCACGAGGAGGCGCUGAAUUACUACAAUCAAGCCAUCAGAAUGCAGCCAAACGACGUACGAGGGUUUCUGAACGCCGGUCGUAUUUUAACCUGCUUGAGACGAUACCAAGAAGCAGAAGAAAUAUAUUUAAAGGCUAAAGCAAUGUUACCCCUGAAUGAAAAGCCAACCGAUAUGGAAACCCACGUGACUCCUAGUCAUCUUCAGGUAUACUUAGGCCUAGCUUCGUUGCUAUCAAAAAAUAACAGUCGCUUGGAGGAAGCAGACGCUGUUAAGUAUUGUUUCUUUAGC